CAAGACCCCACACCUUCCCACCAACACAAUGGCCCCCAAGAUCCGCCACGCCGCCCCCGCCUUCACAGCCGACGCCGUCGUCGACGGCGAGUUCAAGACCGUGUCGCUGUCGGACUACAAGGGCAAGUACGUCGUGCUCUUCUUCUACCCGAUGGACUUCACGUUCGUGUGCCCCACGGAGAUCAUCGCGUUCAGCGAGAAGGCGGCCGAGUUCCGCAAACUGGGCUGCGAGGUGCUGGGCUGCAGCGUGGACUCCAAGUUCUCGCACCUGGCGUGGAUCAACACGCCGCGCAAGAAGGGCGGCCUGGGCGAGCUGGACAUCCCGCUGAUCGCCGACUUCAACAAGGAGAUCUCCAAGGCCUACGACGUGCUGAUCGACGUGGGCGAGGAGACGGGCGCGACGUUCCGCGGCCUGUUCAUCAUCGACGGCGAGGGCAAGCUGCGCCAGAGCACGAUCAACGACUGCCCCGUGGGCCGCAACGUGGACGAGGUGCUGCGUCUGGUGGAGGCCUUCCAGUUCACGGACGAGCACGGCGAGGUGUGCCCCGCCGGCUGGAAGAAGGGCAAGAAGACCAUCAAGCCCACGGUCGAGGAGUCCAAGGAGUACUUCGAGGCCGCCAACUAAGCGGUCCCGACGGCUCCGCUCUAUGGUUGCUUUCCAUAGAGCAGCGCAUAGCGACGCCAGUAGUAGAUAAGUCGCAAAACAAGUUAAGUUACAGCGUA